CGCGGGAAAUGUGCCGGAUGCCUCUUAAUGACGCAAUGGACUGGAACUGCCAAAAGAAAUCGAACUUUCACCUUUUUCCGUCGUUAAUUAUGGAGUUGGCAUUCGUUACCCAGGCAGUGAGGGCGUUGGGCGGGGCAGCAGGACCUGGCAGCUGUGGAGAACUGUCUAACAGCAGCAGGAAGGAGGACCUCGAGGGUGGAGUGUGAGGAGGAGUAGAAGAACAUGGGUGUGACGGCUUCUUGUAGGAGUGGCGGUGAUCGUGACUCAGAUAGUGAAGAACGUAGGAUGAACAGGCAAGAGAGUGCUAACAUGGCUGAGGACGUGGUGGAGGCAGUCAUCUGUAAGACGGAUGAAUUGCCCAAUGAAGGAAUGAAAUCAUUUGAUAUAGAAGGUGGGAAGGUACUGGUAGUCCAUCAUAAAGGACAGUUAUCAGCCAUAGGUACGAAGUGUUCACAUGCUGGAGCGCCACUAGAAAAUGGAGCAUUGUGUGGUGAUAAAGUUCGAUGCCCGUGGCACGGUGCCUGCUUCAGCUUGGUCACAGGUGAUAUUGAAGAUUUCCCUGGCUUGGACAGCAUACCAAAAUAUGACAUUGAGGUUGUGAACAACGAGGUAAAAGUGAGAGCCAACAAGGCGCUUUUAGCCGCCGACAAGCGGAUGAAGCCAAUGACACGACGAGACCCAGAUAAUCCCACUAACUUUGUCAUUGUUGGUGGAGGAGGUGCGGGUGCGACCUGUGUGGAGAGACUAAGGCAGGAGGGUUUCACUGGUCGCGUGAUAAUGAUCACGCAGGAAUACCACCUACCGUAUGACCGACCCAAACUCUCAAAAGCCAUGGACCUCACCCCUGACAAAAUCACACUAAGAUCGCCUCAUUUUUAUGAGAAUGCUGAUAUUGAGAUACUGCAGGGAGUAUCAGCAGAGAAUAUAGACACAGAGGAGAAGGAGGUUUAUCUCAAUAGUGGGGAGAAGGUGCCAUAUGAUAAACUCUUCAUAGCUACAGGAGGAAAACCACGUAGGUUAGGUUGCCCAGGAGAUGAUCUCCCAGAAGUAUUUGUUAUUCGUACACCAGAAGAUACAAAUGGCCUUGCAGCAGCCGCCUCUGGCAAGCACGUAGUCAUUGUUGGAACGUCAUUCAUUGGAAUGGAGACGGCAGCAUAUUUGGCUAGCAAUAAUCGUGCAGCAUCGGUGAGGGUGAUUGGAAAUUCGUCUGUACCAUUUGAACGCAGUCUCGGCGCUGUUGUAGGAAAACGCAUCCAGGAGUUGUUUGAAGAAAAUGGAGUAAAGUUUUUCAACAACACAGGGGUGACAGAGUUCACAGACGAAAAUGGUAAACUUAAUGGGGUUCUGCUAGACACUGAAGAAAUGAUUGCAGCGGAUAUUGCUGUAGUGGGUGUAGGGGUCGUACCAAAUACGGAAUUCCUGGAAUCUUCAAAUAUUUCUCGUGAUGAGCGGGGUUACGUCCCAGUCAAUGAGUAUUUAGAAAGCAGUGUACGAGGCGUGUUUUGUGGGGGCGAUAUUGCUGCUUUUCCGUUGUUCAUUGAAGAUGGUGCGUCGGUGGCUAUUAGUCAUUGGCAGGUGGCACUGGGUCAUGGUCGCACAGCUGCACUCAAUAUGUUAGACCAGAAUGUAGCGCUUGGAUCCGUCCCAUUCUUUUGGACUGUGUUUUUUGGCAAAAGUCUUCGCUAUACAGGUUAUGGAAUGUAUGAUGACGUUAUCAUUGGAGGAGACCUAGAGAGCCUGUCCUUUAUAGCUUACUACUGCCGUGGCGAUCGUGUGGUGGCCUUAGCCAGCCUCGGUAGAGACCCGGCCGCUGCUAAAUACGCCGAAAUGCUCCAACAAGGAAAAUUCCUCACAAAGGAGCAAGUUGCUGAUGAUGGAGAUUGUGCACUGAAGUUGAAUUGUUGAUCUUGGAAAUAAAUGAAAGGAAGAAAGUGGUGUGGUGUGAGUGGCUUACCUCAAGUUGUGGAAGCUAGCUGGCGAUGUUGUUUUGAGAAUGUGUAAAACAUAUGGGUUGACGUGAGUUAGUAAUAUGCAAUGUUGUUAAGGGACCAGUUAUAUAUAGAGAGAUUAAAAAGUCAUUUGAAGGUUUAAUAAUGGGAAUAAAUUUGUUAUUGUUGUUUGUGUAAAGGGCGCAUUUACUGAUGAUAAAUGGGAUAUAUUGUUUGUUAAUGAUGUCAUUGUUGCUGGUGGUAGAAAUAACGUGUAUGAUUUGUUAAUGUUGUGUAAUAGUUUCCUAAGGUGUGGUAUAAGUGAUAGUGUUGGGGAGUUGUGUGCUCCAAGUCGAAUGAAAACAAUAGCUUUAAUAAGUAAUUGGAAGAGUGUAUGGUAUUAACUUGUGGUGUACUGCAAUCAUUUUAUCAAGAUAUGUGUGUGGCUGAAGUAUAGUAUGGUGUUGGGACAUAAGAGAUAGUUAGGUGUGUAAUUGUAAGCAAAGUAUGAGCUUGCUCAAUUGAUUUGAUAAUUGGCAUUAACCAUCCCCCAUAUUCAGUGGUAUAUUCCUUUGGAAGCACCAAGUGGUUUGUUAACGUGGAGAGUAAUAUGCAAAUUUGUUUGAAGGGGAUGUACAGUAAAAGAAAAAAAAGAAAGUGGUUGAGAGUCAGUGUGUGUAAACGUUUUGGAUAGAAUGUGUUAAGACAAAAAGUGGGUAAUUGCAAUUGGUAGUGUAUUAGUUUUGUGAUGAUGAACUAUCGUUCACUACUGGCAGUGCUGUUGCUGCAGAAAAUAUUUUUAUUUUUGUUCAUUUAGCAGUUAGUUUUUACACUGUAAAAUCAUUUAAUUUUGAUGAUAAGUUAUUGUUACCAGGUCUGUUUCAGUACUAUUUGUUUCCGUUCCCUCUUCAAGGAAUGCAUACAAUUUCCAAUACUGGUGUUAAGUUUGCAGACAUGUACAUAUAAUGUGAGGGUGGGUAUUAUUGAAAGUAGUGGUGUACUAUGUGCAUUUUCUGAGGUACCUGAUGGAGUUUAUUUCAUAAAUUAAUCAAUCAACUAUAAUGUGAAAGAUAUGUGGAUGGAGAUCAUUAUGAGUUAUAGAGAAUGUUUUGUCAUGAAAGUGUACUGUGUGAAAUAAAGUAUUGAUUAGAACGGUAGACAUGUGCAUGCAUACUGAGUAAAUAAUAGUUAAAUGGCAGAACCCCUAAGUUGAAUCUCCAGCGUAGCAAAUGUUUCAAUACUUGCAUGUACACUCCCCUUCCGGCCUGUUGGCGUCGUGAGGGGGCUUGGUGGACGGCUGCCGGAGUGUGAUGCUCCGUUGGACUGUCCUUUUCUGGCCUUGCACUCCUGCUGCUGUGUUCCU